AUGACACAAAAUCCAAGCCAGUCGAGUCAGAAGAACAUCUUUCAGGAGAAAGGCCUUCAAAAAUCCCACGAUAUUCUCACCUGCACAAUCAAGGAACCGCCCUUCUCAUAUGCACACCUAGAGCUGGUUACAGAUGUUCCCAGCGGCUCAUCAUCUGUCACUCUUGACGACCUUUCUCUCAAAAGCUACUGUACAGCUGCUCUUCGACAAUUCCUAGGAACCACAGGUGCUGCUAUUUCUAUCGACAUCCUCAAAGUGGAAAACAACCAUGCAUGGGUUCGCAUUCCAAGACCAGACCUUGGCUCUUUCGCAGCAGCUAUCACAGCAUGGAGAGGCACAAGCGACAAUGGAGAGCAAGUAAGCCUUCAACUACGGCAAUGUUCAGACUGGCUUGGUGCCAUGGUUGGAACAGACGGACAAAACCGACUAUGGAAUGCUUAA